CUAAGUCUGUGCGGAAUCCUAAACCAGCCCAAUUUACAUCCAUUCAUGAAUGUGUGACGUCAGCAAGCUUUGAGCUCCUUUGCGGUGGGCCAGAGGAUUGUGUGGGUAGAAUCCCCUCCCCCUUAUUUUUCCAAUUCUGCAAGGCUCUUUAGAUUAACCUUCCAUCUUUUUAAAGCAAGAAAAUGGAACAGCAUGUGUAGGAAUUCUUCAUUGUUGUUUUGGAGUCCUCUCUUGCAUCAAACCUCUGUCGCUGUAAUCCUCUGACUGACAUCUCAGGACCUGGGUCACCCUCAUGGCACAAUGGCCAGCCCUCAGGAGCACCUGAGCUGCUCCACUUUGCCACACUUACCCUUGACUGAGAACAAAAUCUCUAGUGGACGAAAUGAACUUGCAGCUAUGGGGAACCACCCUUUCCCUAAGCUCCCUGAGGACCCGCAGGAGAGGGGGGCUAUACAGUCAGAGCUGAUGGAGGUCACAAGCAGCCCGAUCUCCACCACAGUGUUGACUAGUGUAAGCGAGGAUUCCAGGAGCCAGUUUGAGAACAGUGUUCUUCAGCUAAGGGAACAGGAUGAGUCAGAGCUGACCGUGUCUCCAGGGAACUGCAACAGUGUGGAUGGAGAGAACACGAACGGACCUGAAGACAUCAAGAUUCAGUUCAGCAGGUCAGGCAGUGGCAGCGGCGGGUUUCUCGAAGGACUGUUUGGCUGCCUCAGGCCUGUGUGGAAUAUCAUAGGGAAGGCAUAUUCCACUGACUACAAACUGCAGCAGCAAGAUACUUGGGAAGUGCCAUUUGAGGAAAUCUCAGAGCUGCAGUGGCUGGGUAGUGGAGCCCAAGGAGCUGUCUUCCUGGGCAAAUUCCGAGCAGAGGAGGUAGCCAUCAAGAAGGUGAGAGAACAAAAUGAGACGGACAUCAAGCACCUGAGGAAGCUGAAGCACCCUAACAUCAUCGCCUUCAAGGGUGUUUGCACUCAGGCCCCGUGCUACUGCAUCAUCAUGGAGUACUGUGCCCACGGGCAGCUCUACGAGGUCCUGAGAGCUGGCAGGAAGAUCACGCCCCGGCUGCUCGUGGACUGGUCCACAGGGAUCGCCAGUGGGAUGAAUUACCUCCAUCUCCAUAAAAUUAUACAUCGUGAUCUCAAGUCACCCAAUGUUUUAGUGACUCACACAGAUGCAGUGAAAAUUUCAGACUUUGGCACAUCUAAGGAACUCAGUGAUAAAAGCACCAAGAUGUCCUUUGCAGGCACCGUUGCAUGGAUGGCACCGGAGGUGAUCCGGAACGAGCCUGUCUCAGAGAAGGUCGACAUAUGGUCUUUUGGAGUGGUGCUCUGGGAGCUGCUGACAGGGGAGAUUCCCUACAAGGAUGUGGACUCUUCAGCCAUCAUCUGGGGUGUGGGGAGCAACAGCUUGCAUCUCCCAGUUCCUUCCACUUGCCCGGAUGGAUUCAAAAUCCUUAUGAAACAGACAUGGCAGAGUAAGCCUCGCAACCGGCCUUCUUUCCGGCAGACGCUCAUGCACUUGGACAUCGCGUCUGCGGAUGUGCUUGCCACCCCUCAAGAAACCUACUUCAAGUCUCAGGCUGAAUGGAGAGAAGAAGUGAAAAAACAUUUUGAGAAAAUCAAAAGUGAAGGAACCUGUAUACACCGAUUAGAUGAAGAACUGAUUCGCCGGCGCAGGGAGGAGCUCAGGCACGCUCUGGAUAUUCGAGAGCACUAUGAGAGAAAGCUCGAACGGGCUAACAAUCUGUACAUGGAACUGAGCGCCAUCAUGCUGCAGCUGGAGAUGCGGGAGAAGGAGCUCCUUAAGCGAGAGCAAGCAGUGGAAAAGAAGUAUCCUGGUACCUACAAACGACAUCCUGUCCGACCAAUCAUCCACCCGAAUGCCAUGGAGAAGCUCAUGAAAAGGAAGGGUGUGCCUCACAAGGCUGGGGUGCAGACUAAGCGGCCAGACCUAUUGCGAUCUGAAGGCAUCCCUAGUACAGAAGCGGUUCCCACUGCAUCCCCUCUGUCUGGAAGUCCCAAAAUGUCCACCGCAAGCAGCAGGAGCCGGUACCGAAGCAAACCACGUCACCGCCGAGGGAACAGUAGAGGCAGCCAUAACGACUUCGCAGCAAUCUUAAAAACCCAGCCCACCCAGGAAAAUUCACCCCACUCCACCUACCUACACCACACUCAGGCUCAGUGUGCUUCUGUCCAUCAACAGAAUCCUCUCCAGCAGCAAUACCAGCAAUCCCCUCCUACCCUGCCUCAGAGCCGCCAUCCCAGACUCAAUGCGCAUGGGCAGGACAUUGCAACCUGCGCCAAUAACCUGAGGUACUUUGGCCCAGCAGCAGCCCUGCGGAGUCCACUCAGCAACCAUGCUCAAAGACAGAUGCCUGGCUCUAGCCCCGACCUCAUCUCCACAGCCAUGGCAGCAGAUUGCUGGAGAAAUUCUGAACUUGACCAAGACCAAGUUGGACCCUGGGGCUGUUGUCAGGCUGAACCCAAUGAUCCCUGUUUCCAGUGCAGGCCAGAACAUUCUGGGUCUUUAGAUGUUCCCACUACUGAGCCAGUGGGGAGGAGCCCAGACCAGUCCAGUUCACCAGCGCACAAUCCUCUUUCAGGAAAUGCCCAAGGCUCUGAGAGAACGGAGGCACAAGGAUUCAAUGGCUGUCAGUCUGGUAUUUCUCAUCAAUUCACACCCCCAAUGCUACCUCAAAAGACACGGCCCCUUCAGAAGAGUGGAGAUGACUCCUCAGAAGAGGAAGGAGAAGUGGACAGUGAAGUAGAAUUUCCUCGACGCCAGAGGCCUCACCGCUGCAUUAGCAGUUACCAGUCAUACUCAACCUUUAGCUCCGAGAACUUCUCUGUGUCUGAUGGAGAGGAGGGCAACACCAGUGACCACUCGAACAGUCCCGACGAGUCAGCCGACAGACGGCAGGACCGCCUGGCAGAGGCCCUGGACGACCUGCUGUCCCAGACACCCGAGGCCCCCAUCGAGAUCUCCUCCCACUCAGAUGGGCUGUCUGACAAGGAGUGUGCUGUUCGGCGUGUGAAGACACAGAUGUCCCUGGGCAAGCUGUGUGCUGAGGAGCGCGGCUACGAGAACCCUGUGCAGUUUGGAGACUCAGACUGUGACUCUUCAGAGGGCGAGUGUUCUGACGCCACAGUUAGGACCAGCAAGAACUACAGCUCUGCCACCUGGUGACAAGGGCUCUCUGUCGGGUCUCAGGACUGACUGCUCUCCAGCAAUAGACUCCUCCCUCCUUCAUCUGUCUGGGAGGAGUGGCCCAGUCCCAGAAACAAGCCACAGUGACAGGAACAUGAGACUUGUCAACUCUCUGGGAAAUACCCAAAUGAAAUACAUCUCCGUGAGCAUUUCAAUCAAGAAUGUCAGGGAUCUGUUGUACUGAACUCUCCAGCUACUGUAACAUUGAUAUUUAUUUUUGUUGGACAUUUUAACACUUUGUAUUGUAAAGAGUGAACUAUAUAUGAUACAGACACAAUAAUUUCUUUACAAAAAAUGAAGGAAAUGUUGCUCUUUAGGAACAACAUUCGGAAUUCGUGGGGCCAGGUGUCACUGUCACUUGAACAUGGGACCGGGUCUUUUGUCCAUGCUUGAAGACUCGUAAGGAGACAUGUUGAACAUUGAAAACACAAGCCAAAGGGUCACAGCCACAUUAAGGUCAACUGGCUUGUCCCUGGGAAGGAUGGAAACGACCUGCAGGUUGAGUGAUCUCAGCACCAAUGCCGUGGAGGGCAUGUGCUUCCUGUAGGAAGAAGAAGCACACAGAGCCAUAAGUGCACAUCUGGAAGCCAUUUUGUUUCUUGAACGUUAAACAGAGCCUGGCUGUAAGAGCUUCAGCAGCAUCAGGUCCCGCCCUCAGCACAUGCUUCCCGUUUAGUGCCGCCAUUUUCACGCCCCUGACCAGCGUGCUCUUCCAGACGCAGUGCCAUUUCUCCCAGGUAGCUUCCUUUCUUUCCACCUGUGGGCCACUUCUUUUAGGAAUGGAAAGGGUCCUGAGGGGGAUAGAGGGGUGAGAUGAAAAAGCAUCUGUGACAUUAGAAAAACAAGCCUGUAAAAAUUCUUCCUGAAGAUGCCUCUAUUCAGAUAUAUAAGCAAGACAGCGCGAUCCCUCUCUGACCCAGGUUGUCUACCUCCCGGAAUCACACUGAUUCACACAGAAGGCAGCUAGGAUGUGUGUAUCCAGUGUCCAAUCCCAAACCAUCUUUAUUUUGUUCGUGAUCUCAUUCUAGCAUGGAAGCUUUGGUGGCUGUCUGUCAAUCACUGUAGCAUAAAAGGCUAAAUUAGCAGCUCAUAGAAGGUGACCUCCUGCACCGCAUUUUUGUUCAAUGCUAUCUGUAAAAUACGGUAGGUUUGUUUUGUUUGUUUUUUGGGUUUUUUUUUUUUGUUUUAAUUCUGAAUCACUGCAGUUUUGUUUAGUUAGGUUAGGAAAUUUGUAGAAGGAACAUGCUCAGCAGGAAUUAGAAUUAGUUUCUCAAAAGCACGUGAAUCUUCCUGUGUCUAGAGUCCUGGGCUCUAAAAGGUUCCCCGAGGUGCUUUGUGGAGCCUCGGCUUGAAGCAGGAAAUGUCUCACAGUUCCCUGGGGUCUGGGUCACAGGUAGACACCACCAUGCCGGGCUUAAAGAUGUUUCAUCCAGAAUGUAUAUACACACACGUUGGCCUGAUUCCUGUCUCCAGUGCAGGCUUCUGCCAAGCAUUGCCCUGCGCUGGCUGGGUUCUGAUGUUGCAUCCUGUAAGGAUGUUAGGUAUUAAGACAUUCCAACCCCAAUGGAAACAGUGCCCCUGGGCCGGGUGUCACUCACUGACUGCAUCAGCCAAAAUGAAGUGCAGGAGGGACUCAGAGCCAGUCUUACGUUUGAUCCCUCCUUUGUUUACACUUUAUGUUGAGGACAUUGAUUUUAAAACUUAGUCUAUAACUUUAGCUCAUAGGAAAGAUAAAGGAACACGUACUUAGAAAGCAGUAUUGUUUUGUUAAAUUAUUCCGUUUUGUAUGAACCGUAGCAGGACUACACAGAGCUUAAGUUAUGGCAUUGUUAUUCUUGUGUUUACUUUAUGCUGUCAUCAUUUUCUGUUGACCAGAAGGUGUGGCUUAUGAUGUAGCACAAUGACUGUUUAUUGCUAACCAUGAGUUAUUAUGGACUUCGUGGUCCUAAGUGAAGGCUGGGGAUGGAGCUGCCCUUUGGCACUCCCAGCAUUCCUCAGUGUUUUCCCUGGUCUCCUGAAUACUGCAGCAAUGGCCUGAGGAGGUGGGCUCUGCCCUGACACCCAACGGGUACACUGUGAAUUUUUUUUUUUUACUUGAUUGUAAAAGCUCCUGAAUAUGCAGAUGACCAAGUGAUGAACAAGUAGUUCAAAGGCUUCAAAAGUUACAAACUUUCUAAAGUGUCUUAGAAUAAAAUCAUGGGACUGUAAGAAGGGCAAGAAAUUGAGGUAGUUUCAAGAGUGGACAACGAACCGGUCACCAUCUCCUUCCAGCUGAGUCCCACAGAAAGACUAGAAGAGACAUGUACAGCAGCAGGAUGUGCUUCUGUGACUGCCUCAGGUCCCCUGUUCCUUAGAAUUAAGACUCUUCCCGUCCCACACAAAGCAGGAGCAGCUGUCUGUCCUGUGCAUACCAUUAGUGACACCAGUGAGCUCUGAAGAGCAGCUUCUGCCUGCACCAUUCAGUAUCCUCCCAGAACACACACCCAGUACCUCAGCCUUCAUCAGCGUUCUGCAUUCCCACCGUGCUGUGUGGCACACUAAGGCCACCUUAACUGGAUUCUCAUUACAGGAUGCCAUGAUAUGGCAGGGGUGUGCUGUUGAGUCCAGUCAUUCACUGUAGCAUCCAGAUAAGAGUGAAGUCCACACUUCUAUAGUAGAAUUAACGAGGUUUCAGAGAAAAAAAAAAUGGUUCUAAACAAGGUUAAAAGGGAAGAACAGUCCUACCCCACCUGCCGUGUAGGAGACAGGAAGUUCAAACUGUUCCCUUAAAACGUUAUCGUCAUCAGAAGAACCUUGCGUGUCGAGAUCAGGGACCGUAAGAGCCAGCUCUUCAGUGCGGUUAGAUGGGGCCAUGCUUCGGUGCUUUGAGAACCCUUGCCAGACCGAAUUCAAGCGUCAGCACUUACUGUGAGAUGAAUGGCUACAUUCUUUGGCUGGCUGGUUUUGACUGACUACUAAGAUGAGUUUCAUUUUGUAUUGCAAUCAA